UGACAAGACGAUAACUGAGCGCUUUCUCUGCUGAACGCGGCCAUCGGGCUUUUUGUUUACGACUGAUAAUUUGACAGUCGUCGUGAAAUUUAGCGAAAUCUCGUGAGAUAUGGAAGACAAGUCGCUUAAUGAGCAAUCUAUAGAAAGCACAGAUAUCAACCAGGAUGAGUUGAUACUUCAACAGCAAAGACGUAUCGAGAAGGAGAUCUCAGAAUCUAUAGCUUUAGUUGGUGAGAAGGAAUCAUUGAAGAGCUUAGAACAAGAGUAUGCGAAAGAUGAUGUAUAUCUUUCGAAAACGAAAGUCUUGGCUCAAAAAUAUUCUUACAUUAGGAGAACCAGACCCGAUGGCAAUUGCUUUUUCAGGGCAUUUAGUUAUGCUUAUUUGGAAAAAUUAAUCGGGAAUAAGGAGGAAUAUGAUAAAUUUCGAGAUCUAGCAUUAAAGAGCAAAGAUAACCUUGUAGCUCUAGGUUUUCCUCAAUUUACAGUCGAAGACUUUCAUGAUACGUUUAUGGAAGUCAUUGAUAAAGUAGGUGGUGACACAGAGUCCAGUCAGUCCAGUCAACAUAAAUUGUUCAAUGAACAAGGUUAUUCUGAUUAUGUUGUUGUCUAUCUUAGAUUAAUUACAUCUGGUCAGCUGCAACAGCUGCAACGCUUCUAUCAACACUUUAUUGAAGGGGAUCGCACUGUUACAGAAUUCUGCCAUCAAGAAGUUGAACCAAUGUAUAAAGAAUCUGACCAUAUUCAUAUUAUAGCAAUGAGUAGUGCUUUAGGAACUGGUGUUAGAGUUCGUUAUAUGGAUAGAGGUGCAGGAACUGAAGUAACUGCCCACGAUUUUCCUGAAGGCGCCAUACCAGCUGUGCACUUAUUAUAUCGCCCUGGUCAUUAUGAUAUUCUUUAUCCUUGAUGAAUUUGGCAUUAUGCAAAUUUUUCUAAUAUUACAAAAAUGAUUUUCGAUGACCAAAUCUAUAUUUAAAAUUCAAUUUUUAAAAGCAUCUGAAUUAUAAUGCAUAAUGCACUACAAUAUAUUCUCUUUAAUUUAGUAAGAGAGAAAUAAGUUGGUUUUGUGUACACAAAGAGUUUGUGCAUUGUGUAUAUUUUUCAAAAUCUACCUAAGUGCAUUUUCAUAAAUUCAUUAUCAUACCUGUUAUUUCUAUACAUAAGCGCAUAAAACACAAAACAUUUUAAACUUUAAAAUUAAUUAUCUGAAAUAAAUGGCAGAGAAAUCGACAAA